CGUACGAGUACAGAUCGGCCAUGGCACCACAUCCAUCCGCUUGACAUACUCGUCGACACCUUUAGAUCGUGCUUUGUCGCAAGACCUGACCACUUUAUGGUGAGAGACCAUCUGUUCCAAUCUAUCCAAGCCCUUCAUUACCACGAUCGCUUUCUAGCUGAAUCUCUAACUGGCUACCCGUUUCACCCUCGUUGUUCAGCACCACAGGCGAAUCCCAACAGAAAGACUGAUUGACUGACGGCGACGCUGACACUGACAACCACCUACACUAACCCCAAGCACCUCGGCAGCGUUUCAUCUCCCAUGCGCCCAAGCCAACAUCAUCAUCAUCAUCAUUCAUUCUUCAGUCAAGCAAAGUACAGCCAGCACGGCAAAGCACAGCAUUACUGAACCUGAUUAAAUCAAUCGCUUGCUAUACUCCUCUAUCUGGACACAUUAAUUUUGACCUUGUUAUUUUCAUGUGGUGUUUCUCUUCUGUCAAGACAUGUCCCUCCGUUCAGAUCUGAAAAAGGUCACCCCGCCAUACCAGAGACCAGAUUUGCAUGUACAUGGGAUAGGAGUCGAAUACCCUCCUUUUGAGCUCAAGCCAGAAGAAUUGGCAACUCUUGCUCGUCGGCAUUAUCCUAGCACUCCAGCACUCGAGAAAGUGCUCUUCAUCAAUGAAUACACGGGGAUUGAUACACGCUCUGCCAUUGGCACGAUAGACCACCCGAUUGUCAAUCGCCCUGAGCCUCCCAACAUCGCCGAACUAUCAGAACUAUUCCUCGACCAUGGAGUGAAACUCUCUGUCGCCGCUUGUCGCAAGGCUUUGGACCAAUGGGGCGGUGACAUUUCAGAGAUCACUCAUGUGGUUGCGACCACAUGCACCAAUUCGGCCAAUCCAGGUUACGAUCACCACGUGAUCAAAGCCCUCGGUAUAAAUCAGAAUAUCGAGAAAGUCCUGCUACACGGCGUGGGCUGUUCAGGAGGUCUCGCCGCGUUACGAACGGCAGCCAAUAUUGCCCUGGGCUCCAGUUUCCGUCAGAAACCUGCCAGGAUCUUGGUGCUGGCCUGUGAGAUUUCGAGCUCCUUUGUGCGAUCCGAGCUGGAAUCGAUCCACAAAGACCAGGAUAUCAGAAUUGGCGUUGCCCUCUUCAGUGACUGUGCGUCUGCUCUAGUGCUGGGCAAUGGUUACAGCGACCGUUUCGACGAGGAGCCUGUUCUCGAACUCCUUGACUGGGAUCAUCGUAUCAUCGAGAAUACCGAAAAGGAUUUGGGGUUCGAUGUAGAUCCUUUGGGCUGGAAGGUAGUCCUCACACAACGAGUUCCGGCACUAACGUCAGACGCUGUUCCUUGCAUUUUCGAGGAACUCGUGAGUCGGAUCCCCGAACUGGUCGACCAGAGCAAAUACAAAGCAUCCGACUACGACUGGGCAUUGCACCCCGGUGGAGCGACCAUCAUGUCGGGGAUUGAAAAGGUCAUGCAUCUGACUCCAGAACACCUCCGAGCAAGUUAUGAGACGUACAUCUCACAUGGCAACAGCUCGAGCGCGACCAUCUUUAGCGUCAUGAGUCGACUCUUAGAAGGACAGACCACCGACCAUAUUGUAGGUUGUGCAUUUGGACCAGGCAUCGCUGUGGAAAUGAUGAUGUUUAAGAGACAUAGGAAGACCAUAGCCAGUGGUUCUGAGAGUCCGGCAGAGACAUUGGUUGCUGAAGAUGUCGAUUGAGAAGAGAAGGUGGUUUCGGUCGGGACGCACCUCCCCAUUUCUUGAGGCCCCUUGGGGCCUGGGGCCUAUGGAACUUGUAUAGCGGUCCAGAUAUGAUCGAAUAAGAACACUCCACAGACCGAAUGAACCACGAGAAACAGCAUAGCCUCU